CAAGGAAACAAAAUUAGAGGAACACAAAAAGAAAUAUCGAUAUCUGGUUCCUUUCCCGUGCCUCUCUCUCUGCCUAUAUAAACAGACCAGCAGGCCUGCUCAACUUGUCUCGAUCCCCAGCUCACCACUAGAGCCAAGAAAGAGCUCCAUUCAUUUCCCCCCUCUCUGUCUCUGAAAAGCAAACCAGCUAGCAAAGGGCCGGAGAGAAGAGAACCAACAAGGCAUCAACCAUCAAUAUCGAUCGAAGACACCAUGGCAGCCAACGGCAAGAGCAGCUUGGCGAACGGCGCCUCCUCCACCCAGGGAAAGCCCAUCAAUUGCAAAGUCUGGUAUAUAUGGUAUGUACGUGCAGCGGCGGUGGCGUGGGCGCCCGGCGAGCCGCUGGUGAUGGAGGAGGUGGAGGUGGCGCCGCCGGGUCGCCUGGAGGUCCGCGUGAGGGUGCUCUUCACCUCCGUCUGCCACACCGAUCUCAGUUUCUUGAAAGGAGAGAACGAGCUGCAGCGCAAGUUCCCCCGCAUCCUCGGCCAUGAGGCAGCCGGAGUGGUGGAGAGCGUGGGGGAAGGGGUGCAAGACCUGGCCCCCGGCGACCAUGUGGUCCCCAUCUUCAACGGGGAGUGCGGAGCCUGCGCGUACUGCGAGUCGGACAAGACCAACCUGUGCGGGACUUACCGCGUCAACCCAUUCAAGAGCACCAUGUCCUCCGAUGGCGGCACGAGGUUCUCCGUGGUGGACCGCAACUCUGGGCUGCGGCAGCCGGUGUACCACUUCCUCAACACCUCCACCUUCGCCGAGUACACCGUGCUUGACGCGGCCUGCGCCGUCAAGAUCAACCCCAAGGCCCCGCUCCACAAGAUGUGCCUCCUCAGCUGCGGCAUCUCCACAGGAGUCGGGGCUGCAUGGAACACGGCAAACAUUUCCGCGGGCAACACCAUUGCAAUAUUCGGCCUUGGGGCUGUUGGUCUCGCGGUUGCUGAGGGUGCCAAGCUACGAGGGGCAGCUCGGAUCAUCGGUGUUGACGUAAACCCUGAAAAGUUUGCCAAAGGCAAAGAGAUGGGCGUCACGGACUUCGUCAACUCCAAGGCCUGUGACAAACCGGUGCAUGAGGUGAUCAGGGAGAUGACUGACGGAGCUGGUGUCGACUACAGUUUUGAGUGUACCGGAAUCAACGAUGUGCUGAGAGAGGCCUUCCUGUCCACGCAUGAUGGUUGGGGCCUGACGGUGGUGCUGGGGAUCCACGCGACGCCCAAGAUGAUGCCGCUACACCCGAUGGAGCUCUUCGACGGCCGCCGGAUCACCGGCUGCGUCUUUGGUGACGUCAAGGGCAAGUCCCAGCUGCCAGCCAUCGUCGACAAGUACGUCAACGGGGCGAAUAAAGUGGUGACUGAUUGACAGAAGAGUUGCCGAUGAGGGUUCAUACCGAUGAUGAAACAACAGAAUAUGGCCAAGUACAGGAGUGGUGAUGGAUUUAUGCCGAUGACUGAUGCUGAUGGUUGCCGAUGGCCACGAAAGGUGAUUUGCCGAUGGAUACAAAAGGAGGCGUAGGAAAUGUCAAUCGGAUGGUGAUGGUGUGCCGAUCGGUUGUGGUGAAUAAAUUAAUGUUUUCCAUAAUUAUUAGAGUUUGCUUUGCAUACGGAUUCCGUUCAAUUUGGAAUUCGAGUCCUAGUCAUGUCUGAUUGUAACUCUUUUGGACAGGGUAUAAAUAUAGACCCCGUAGCGAUGUAAGAAUAUACACAAUCAAUCAAACACAAGCUUUUACAUCUAU